AAUCCAUCUCAUAUUCCAUUCCGUUCAUCUCCUACGCUGCGCCUGCGCCUCUCGUCCGGAAACUAAAUCUGAGCCGCAAUGGACUACGACGGCAGGUACACCAAGGAUCAGAGCCUCAAGUGUGACUGCCUCCUCUUCGACCUUGAUGAUACGCUCUACCCGUUCACCUCCGGCAUUGCUGCCGACAUCGCCAAGAACAUCCGAGAUUACAUGGUGCACAAACUCGGUGUUGACGAGAGUGUUAGCUUGGAACUAUGCAUCCUCCUCUAUAAGCAGUAUGGAACCACCAUGGCUGGUUUGAGGGCUGUUGGAUACCAGUUUGAUUACGAUGAUUUCCACAGCUUUGUUCAUGGAAGGCUGGCCUAUGACAAAAUCAAGCCUGAUCCAGUGCUUAGGAACAUUCUGCUCAGCUUACCCAUACGCAAAGUUGUGUUUACCAACGGUGAUAGAAUCCAUGCUUCAAGGGCCCUGAAGAGGCUCGGAAUUGAGGACUGUUUCGAAAGAGUUGUGUGUUUUGAGACACUGAACCCAACAUCUCCUCCUCCCGCACCAUGUGACAAACUUGAAAUCUUUGACAUUAUGAAGCAUCUGGCUCAUCCAGAGCCCGGGGUGGAGCUACCAAAAUCACCAAUCCUAUGCAAGCCCUCGAGAGAGGCCAUGCUGCAGGCCCUCGAGGUCGCCUCCAUUAAUCCACAGACAACUAUAUUGUUUGAUGACAGCUUCAGGAACAUCGAAGCUGCAAAGCAGAUCGGAAUGCGAACUGUCCUGGUUGGAACAUCCGAGAGAAAGAAAGGUGCUGACUAUGCCUUGGAAAGCAUCCACAACAUGAAGGAAGCGCUGCCUGAACUGUGGGAAGAAGCUGAGAAGGAUGAAGAUGUGAGGAAUUCAAGCAAAGUUGGAAUCGAGACAUCAGUGAUUGCAUGAUAUGUUUUUGGCGUCAAAUGUAGCCCUUUUGUUUGCCAUGGAGGAGAGCACGAGAUGGUUGAUCAUUAUAUUUUUGAGAGCCCAUCUCUGCACUAUCUUCUAUCUGAAAAAGAGCUACUAAUUAGAGGACAGGAAAACCAGCUCCUCGAGGGGGUGGGGACUAACCGAUACUAUAACUGAUGUUACGUCCCAUACGCUACUAUGUGGCAAGGAAUAAAAAUGUUUCGGUGAGCAUUGCACUACUACCACUUCUCUACCAAUGAGAUAAGCACCUCCUGAUUGUCCUGAUGGAAUGGGGUCUGUAUGGACCAGAAGAAUGCUCAGUUUUUUCCUUUAACCACCUGAUCAUUGUACUAGAGGAUGGUUAUUUUGUUGCCCUUUAGUUGAAGCAGCUGGAUGUUGGGUCCAAAUGCCCAUCACUUUUCUCUCUGGUUCCUCAUGCUUA